UCUAGGCGUCUUUCUAAAGGAAAGAAGGGUUUGAAGAAGAAGGUUGUUGAUCCCUUCACCCGUAAGGACUGGUAUGAUAUCAAAGCUCCUUCCAUGUUUGAUGUCCGUCAAGUCGGUAAGACUUUAGUCAACCGUACUCAAGGUCUUCGCAACGCCAACGACUCUCUCCAAGGUCGUGUUGUUGAGAUGUCUCUUGGUGAUCUCUCCAAGGACGAAUCUCGUUCUUUCCGUAAGAUUCAAUUGAAGGUUGAUGAAAUUCAAGGCAAGAACUGUCUUACCAACUUCUACCGUAUGGACAUGACCACUGACAAGCUCCGUUCCAUGGUCAAGAAGUGGCAAACCUUGAUUGAAGCUUUCGUCGAUGUUAAGACCACUGAUGGCUACCUCGUUCGUCUUUUCGCCAUCUCUUUCACCUCUCGUCGUCGUAACCAAAUCAAGAAGACCACCUAUGCUCAAUCUUCUCAAAUCCGUCAAAUUCGUAAGAAGAUGUUCGAGAUUAUGACCGAAGAAGCUUCUGCUUGUGAUCUUAAGGAACUUGUUGCCAAGGUUACUUCCUCUGCUUCUCAAACUGCUCAAGACGCCAUUGCUGUCCGUAUCGAAAAGGCCUGUCAAGGUAUCUACCCUCUCCAAAACACUUACACCCGUAAGGUCAAGAUUCUCAAGGCUCCCAAGUUUGAUGUCUCCGCUCUCUUGGCUCUCCACGGUGGUGCUUCCGCUGCUGCUGAAGAUACCGGUGCUAAGGCUGCCAAGGAUUUCGUUGAACCUCCUAUCUUAUCCUCUGUAUAAAGGUAUAAUCCUAAGCUUGCAUCAAUUUUGCUUACUGAAAAAUAAACCAUAAGAUAACUUGCUUGUUUCUUGUCACA